UUAUCAGUUGUUAUCUUUUGUGAUAAAGGGAUUCGUGACAAUAAAUAAUGUAAUUGCUAAAAAGGACGUAUAAUAAAUUUAUAUUUGUUAUGUUAGUAUUUAUUAGUUUAAAAAGCAUAUAUAUUUAUAGUACCUAAUAUGGAGAGACCACUAAUAACGAAGUUAUGGGUGAUAAAAUUUUGUCUUAAAGUUGUGUAUCCAAAGUUCAACUGCAAUAUUUUUUUAGUGUAUCUUGCAAUUAAAUAUAGAUACCAACAAAGUAAAAAAAUUGUUUCUAAUAUGCAUCAGUUAAACACCUUACCUCUAAAUAUUUUAAAGUCUAUUUUAACUGAGAAUAUACCUGAAAAGUAUGUUUCAAUUCUUCUACAUAAAUGCAUCAUCAUUUCAAAGGAUACCUUUAUUGAUUUAUGUGUAGAAAACUUUUUCUAUGUAGAUAAUGGUGUUCUGUGGGUCACUCUCUCACUCAAACCUGCUUUAAAAGCAAAAAGAAAAGCUGAAGGCAGUGCUAGAAAUGAUGUACUAUCUAGGUAUAACCUAAAUUUAGUUACUGCUGAGAUUCAUAAAAAACUAUGGACAGAAAGAUCAAUCGAAUCUCCUGAGAAUGUAAGAGUUGUACCUGUGGUUGGAUCUAAAUUAAUACAGGAUAAUGAAGCAUAUACAAGUGAAACAGAAUUCAAUAAUAUACAGACUUCGUUGGGUCUGAAAUAUUCCCCAAUUGAGAUAAUUUUUCAACCCAUGAAAUCAUUUAAUUUAAGUCCAAAGAUAGCUGCCUCAGCAGAAGUAAGCCUGGUUGUAUAUGAGAAUGACCUACACAAUGAUUUUCUUAAAGAAAUUCUAAGCAAUUACUUUGAAAUGCCAAAACUGGUUUGUAUUGGUGAUAUUAUAUGUAUAGACCUCACUCCUGAACUUACUAGAGAAUUUCAUUAUAAAUAUUUAGAUCUUGUUGAAUCAAGUGGUAGAGUCUACUUCAAAUGUACAAAAAUUUCUGGAGAAGACGGGAGCUGUGAGACACCCGCAAAUACUAUAAAGGCAUUUUAUGUUGUUAAAAGUGUCACUAAGUUAAGUUUAGGGGAUAAUGUACAUACUGCUAGACCAAAAGAUCAAUAUUACACACUAGACACUAAGAAUGCCUUGCGUGCAUUCCAUACAUGUCCAUUGGGUCUUAGAGAAAAGUUUAAUCAAAUCCAAGAAACCAUACAACCUUUUAUCACAGGAGAAAUAAAUGACCUAUCAUCCUCCUUACACAGCCCUAUUAUGCCAAUGGUACUUCUUACUGGCUCAGCGGGAUCAGGAAGACAUAUACUUGUUAAAACAUUAGCAAAACAUAAUGGGCUUCACUAUAUACAAGUGGACUGUAAUUCACUACAAAGUUCAACGGCGAAGCAAACGGAGAGUAAAAUAUAUUCAGCAAUACAAAAAACCAAGCACAGUGCUCCAGCAUUGCUUCUACUUGACAACUUUGAGGCAUUUGCAGUUGAUCCAGAGAAUAAUGAAGACCAGAGAGUAAUAGAAUAUUUUAUUAACAGUGUAACAGAUUUGUAUCAAAAUUACACAAAGCAUCCAAUAAUACUAAUUGCAAUAACUGAAGCAUUAGAUUUAAAACCAAAUAUCGUGCGGCUAUUUUUGGAUAAAAUUCACAUACCGAAAUUAAACUCUAACCAAAGGUAUGAGAUGCUAGAAUGGUUUGCAUCAAUAAUGGAUUUAAACAUAGACAAUGCAAAUUUGAAAGACUUCAACCAAAAGCCCACAAUUCAGCGAUCCGAGUCUGACGUUUUAAAUAAACAUUCGAAAGAGGUUUUACAGAGAUUGGCAUCGAAAACUGAAACUUUUUUGUAUGGGAAUUUGGAUACAUUGAUGCACUUCGCUUUGAGAGAAUCAUAUUUGAGACAGGCUGAAAACUAUUUGCAAUUACCGACGGAUCCUAAUUUACAUAUUGUACAUGAAGAUGACUUUAAUCAUGCUCUUGAGGCCUUAAGAAGUUUGCACAGUCAACAUCUAGAUGCGCCAAAGAUACCCAAGGUGUAUUGGGAAGAUAUCGGUGGGUUAGACAAGUUGAAGAAGGAAUUAUUGAAAACUAUUGAAUUUCCUAUCAAAUUUCCACAUUUGUUUAAAAACUCGUCAUUGAAGAGAUCAGGCAUAUUGCUCUAUGGUCCACCAGGCUGUGGAAAAACUUUAGUAGCCAAAGCUGUUAGUACGGAACUGAAUGUUAGUUUCAUGAGUGUUAAGGGCCCAGAACUAUUGAACAUGUAUAUCGGACAAUCAGAGGAAAAUGUUCGAAAAGUAUUCGAAUCGGCGCGAGCUUCGUCACCGUGUAUAGUGUUCCUCGAUGAGUUGGACGCGCUUGCGCCGCGACGUGGAGCCGCUGGAGACUCAGGCGGGGCCAGCGACCGUGUCGUUAGCCAACUUCUGGCUGAACUCGACGGUGUUACCAGCGGUGAAGAUGCGGAUUCAUCCAGUUUCGUGUUUAUAAUGGGAGCUACAAAUCGUCCAGAUUUGUUGGAACAAUCGCUUCUUCGUCCCGGCCGUCUUGACAAGCUGAUCUAUGUUGGACCAUAUUGCGGGCUCCAGGAGAAGACUUGUGUGCUCAAAGCACUCUGUAGGAGCUACAAUUUACGAGACGAUGUGGACUUAGAGAAAGUAGCUGCAGCACUGCCGGAUCGCUGCACGGGUGCUGAUUUGCUGCACGUUGUGUCAGUAGCGCGCUCCGCUGCCAUUCGCGAACUAAUCUCUAGGCUAAAUGACGGUUUGAUAAAAGAGACCGAUUUGAAUGCCGACAUAGUUGUGUUGGGUGAGCAGCAGUUAUGGGAGGGGGUGGAAUCAUUUAGACCAUCGGUGACGGAAGAUGAACUUCGAUACUACGAGUCAUUACAGAACAUUAUGUGAUUGUACAUAUAUGUGAAAUUAUUUUAAAAAAUAUAUAUAUGUUUGUUAUAAAAUAAAAUAUGUAUUGUUUGUU